GAGGCAGGUUGAGUACACUGGCACCAGUGAAGUCAUUUUGGCAAAGUAGCGGCGGGCAAAGGCGACACCUCGCAGGGAGACCGGGACGGCCGGAGCCUUGGGCUUAAUACCGAGGAAGAAAUGCGCAAGAAAGCGGCCACAGUCUUCGCUUGGUCAUUCGGGGCUGGAAGAACAGUGCGGCUAUUGCAACACAAAAGGAUCACUUUUUCCAUGAAGAUGUGAAAUUUGCCGUACUGGGAAUAUUCUGUCUUCCAAAGCAGUGAGUAAGAGAGAAAGAGACUUAUGCAGGGGCGUGUUACUGAGUUUGUUGAUUGUUUUCUGUUUGCCUGAAAUCGUGACGUCAUGAAGAAACUUAUUUUGACCAGGUAGGAAUUGUCAAGUGGAACUGCUGGAUCUGAUACCUUCCUUUGACAUGCGCGAGAACUUGGGAGCGCAUUUAUGCUGCCUUGGCGAUGGAGUGCUUCUCUGGAUCUCCGCGCCUCGCUGCAAAUUUUCACGCUUAAGAUGAACGUUGGUCCCGAAGAGGAUCGGUUUAAUCUGAAUACUGGGAAUUUGCCGUUGUGUUGAGGAAUGCUGCUGCUCGGGGACUGAGCCUUUCGGGACGCGCUCAUGGAAGUCCGCGUGGUUUGCAUCUGCUACUGCUGCCUGCUGCCCAUAUUCCUGCUAGCAGCCUGCCUCUUCCGUCACAAUGCCCUGUCCCUAGUUUAUCUGCUAUACCUGCUGCUGUUACCAUGGUUCCCAUGGCCCAACAAAGAGUCAAUGCGAGGCCAUACAGGACGCUUCACCAAAGCCCUGCUCUGCACCAGCCUGCUCUUCCUGCUGGCACAUCUAACCUUCCAGAUAUGCCUGCACACCAUCCCAGGGCUGGACAAUGAGCUGGGACACAACUGCAGCUCUUGGGAGACCUUAACGCACCACAUCGGUGUAUCCAGGUUACCCCUGAAUGAUCACUGGAUGGUGCUGCGCCUUAUAACCCCAGACCUGGGCGUCUUCCUCGCCUCGCUGGUCACCCUGAUCCUUGGCUAUCGGCUGAUGGGCGGGAGGGAUAAAGAGCGGGAAUUGGAAGCUGCACGCAAGGAGGAGGAACAUAAAGCGGAAGAGGAUGAGGAGGAAGAUGAACUGGGGGGAGAUGAAGAAUGCCAGGCGUUAUCCAGCGAGCCCGAGGAGAGCCCCCCCCACGCCAUGCGUACGGCGCUCCUAGCAGCUCGUAUCCGCACCACGGCCCUCAGGCUGCUCCGGGACCUGGCCCGAGUCCUGGCCGUGGUUCUCCUGGCUCUGGCUGGGAUCACCCUGCCGUCCGCCUUCUCAGCUGUGUACUACCUGCUGUUCAUCGGGAUCUGCACUUGGUGGGCCUGCCAUUUCCCCAUCAGCCGGUUGGGUUUUAACGCCUUGUGUGUCAUGGUGGGCUUCUACACAGCAGGACACCUGGUCUGCCUGUACAUGUACCAGAGCUCCUACGCCCAAGGCCUGAUCCCCCCAGCCAGCCUAUGGGCCAGACUCUUCGGCCUCAAAGCAAUUCUAAAUCCAGGAAACUGCUCGUCAUUUUCCUACGAGUUCACCGUGAACACGGACCAUGAGUGGCCGGUGUUCGCAAACCCCGGGAUCCUCCUGCUGCUGUACUUCGCUAUGGCGAUGGUGUUUAAAAUCGGAAGUCAUGUGUCCACGGAAAAGCGAGACAGAGAAGCACUGUCCAGCAGCAGGAUGGAGGUCAUUGGAACAGGGAUGGAGCAGGUGGAGUUAAGAUCUCGGGGUUCUCAGAGGAAGGCUGAUCAAGAUGAUAGUAAGGAAAUGCUGCUGACUGCUAGUCCAAUGCCAAGGUGUGAAUCUGAGAACACCACGGGUCAUAUAAUCAACGGUUCCAGCCAGCAGGACCUAGAUCUAAGUGGCGCCCCCACUGGACCUGAUGGGGAUAAUCCCCUUCUCAUUGCGGGUCGGAUGAUCAUGCAACAAAGCUACGUAUGUGCUCUGAUUGCAAUGAUGGUGUGGAGUAUCACAUACCACAGCUGGCUGACCUUCGUGUUGCUGCUCUGGGCAUGUCUGAUCUGGAUGGUGCGGGCACGCCGCCACUUCGCCACGCUCUGCUCGCCUUUCAUCCUGCUCUACGGCCUGUCGCUCUGCAGCCUGCAGUACGUGUGGGGAAUGGAGCUGGAGCUGGAGCUGCCCCACAACGUGGGCACUAUGAGCCUGAAGCAGCUGGGCCUGGACCGAACCCCACACCCCUGCCUCCGCCUGGGACCCAUGUUGCUCUAUACGUUGACCUUUUGGCUGCUGCUACGACAGUCUGUGAAGGAUAACUUCAGCAGGAAGAAGAUUUCGACCACCCCCCUGCAAGAAGUCACUACUGGAGAGAAUGCCGGGCAGAGUGAGUCCAUCCUGAAGGUGCUGGGAGAGAUGGCUAUGAGCUUCUAUGCCAAGUAUUGGAUUUAUGUGUGUGGCGGCAUGUUCAUCAUGGUCAGCUUUGCUGGCAAGCUGGUUGGCUACAAGAUUGUCUACAUGUUGAUCUUCCUGCUCUGCCUUUGUCUCUAUCAGGUGUACUACUCUCUGUGGCGAAAGUUACUCAAGGUCUUCUGGUGGUUGGUGGUAGCCUACACCAUGCUGGUUCUCAUCGCCAUCUACACAUUCCAGUUUGAGGACUUUCCUGCCUAUUGGAAGAACUUCACUGGGUUUACAGAAAAGCAGUUGGCUGUCAUCGGCCUAGAGACUUUCCAGCUGUCAGAGCUCUUCACCAGCAUCCUCAUCCCAGGGUUCUUCCUGCUGGCCUGUAUCCUGCAGCUGCACUACUUCCAUAAGCCCUUCAUGAAGAUCACCGAUUUGGAGAACGUCACACCGAUUCACAAGAAGAAACAUGCCCGCAGAUCAGAGACACUACAAGGCACAGUACAAACCGGGUUUGAAGAGGAGAAUCAGGAGACCGAUUUAGGGGGCGAUGAUUCUGAGGAUGAAGGUAUGAUUCCCAGCAAGUGGGGCCUAGUGAUGGACAGGCUGAUGGUGCUCUUCAGGAAGUUCUCAGAAGUCCAGACCCAGGUGCAGGCCUUCAUCUGGAGAGUCCUGGAGCUGCACAUCCUCAAGAUUGUAGCCUUCUUCAUCAUCUGGGUGGCACUGUUGGAGCCCUCGGUGAUGAACCUGGUGUUGGUGGUUCUCUGGGCCUUCGCCAUGCCGUACUCCCGUUUCCGGCACAUGGCCUCCUGCCUGUCCACCGUUUGGGUGUGCAUCAUCAUCGUCUGCAAGAUGCUCUAUCAGCUGAGCGUUGUCAACCCUGUGGAGUAUUCUAGCAACUGUACCCUGCCCUUCUCCAAUGAAACCAACAUGAAGGAUGAUGAGUUACUGAACUCCACACUUUACAAGGAGCCCAUAGAUCCAGCCAACUGGUUUGGAUUCAGGAAGGAGGCAACGGCUCUCGGGUACAGCAAGAACCACCUCCUGGUGCUAAUGCUACUAGUGUUCGAGGCUACGGUGUACCGCCACCAGACACACCACUACAAACAGCACCAGUGCUCCCCGCCCCCAAUUCCAGUUAUCUUCCCCAAUGCCAACCGGGACAACCUGGACCAGGACCUGCUAACCUGCAUCAAAUACCUUUUCAACUUCACCUUCUACAAGUUUGGCCUGGAGAUCUGUUUCCUAAUGACAGUGAAUGUGAUUGGCCAACGGAUGAACUUCGUAGUCAUAAUCCACGGCUGCUGGCUGGUGAUAAUCUUGACACGGCGUCAGCGGGCAGCUAUUGCGAAGAUCUGGCCCAAAUACUGCCUCUUUCUUGUGUUUUUUAUGAUCUACCAGUACAUCCUGUGUGUGGGAAUCCCCCCAGUCCUCUGUAUAGAUUAUCCCUGGCGGUGGAAAUCGUCCAUCACCAUCAGCUCUAACCUGAUCAAGUGGAUCUACCUACCAGAUUUCUACACUAUUCCAAAUUCUAGAAACCUCAUUGCGGACUUCCUCCUGCUGAUUUGCGCCUCACAGCAAUGGAAGAUCUUCCUGGAUGAGAAGAAGGAGGAGUGGAUGGUCUUUGGUGGAGAGAACACUGACAAGUCCAACCCAAUGGAAGAUAGACCUGUGAAUCCUGUGCCCAACUACAUCAACUGCAGAUGCUACUUGGACAUGGCCAAGGUGCUGGUCUUCCGCCACAUGUUCUGGUUCGUGCUGGCUGUGGUGUUCGUGACUGGGGCCACACGCAUCAGCAUUUUCGGGCUGGGCUACCUGCUGGCCUGCUUCUACUUCCUGCUCUUUGGGACUCAGUUGCUGAUCAAACCUGCCCGAACUCGCCUGGUGCUGUGGGACUGCCUGAUCAUGUACAACGUGGCAGUCAUCAUGUCCAAGAAUGUACUCUCGAUCCUGGCGUGUGUAUUUGUGGAGCACUUGCAAGAGAGCUUCUGCUGGGUGAUCCAGCUCUUCAGCCUGGUAUGCACCGUCAAGGGUUAUGACUUCAACGCAGCGAGUAAUCAGGAGUGCGUGCUUCCUGUGGAAGAGGCUGGGAUCAUCUGGGAUAGCAUCUGCUUCUUCUUCCUCUUACUCCAGAGGAGAGUCUUCCUCAGCUUCUACUUCCUGCACGUGACUGCAGAUCUGCAGGCCUCUGCACUACAAGCCUCCAAGGGCUUUGAGCUCUUCAGGGCCAGCAUCGUGAAGAACAUGAGGUUCCACCAGCAGGCGGAGCAGCGCUCCCUGAGACAGCUAAAGAGAUCAAUGGAGCGCAUUCGAUCGAAGCAGCAGAAGUAUAAGGAAGGACUUCAGUCUUCAAAGGCUUCGGCUGCAGAGGAGUCAGAGCAGGCAUCCAAGCAGAAGACAUGGUGGCGUCCCUGGUUAGAUCACGCGACAGUGCUGCAUUCUGGGGACUAUUACCUGUUUGAGUCCGACAGUGAGGAAGAAGAGGAAUCCGUGGCUGAGGACCCAAAACCACCUCGGCAGAGUGCCUUCCAGCUGGCGUAUCACGCCUGGGAAACCAAUGCCAGAGCAGCCCUGCGGCAUCGGCAGCUGCACAUGAAAGCUCGGGAGAAGAGGCGAGAGGAACAGGAGCGCCAGCGCAGCUCAGCAGUGCAUGAAGGAAUGGAAUGUGAGGAGCCGGAAGGUACUGGCGAGGAAGAUGAGGAGCCAGAGGAUGAAGACUCAGGGCGGAGUGACAUCGUGCAGAAGAUCCUGGACAUCCUCCGAUUCCUUUGGGUGCUCUUGAUGGCCAUGGUGGACGGCUUGACGCAGUGGCUCAAUGUUCUGACCAAACAGUACGUGGACACCUCCACUGUCCUCUGCUACCAGCGCUACUUCCACACCCAUAACCAGAAGCUGGCCCAGGAGCCACAGGAGGACCAGGUAUCACAGGGCAGUGAGAGCCCCACCAUGGAGACCUGUCUGGAUGAGUUGGAUGCUGAUGUCAGCACAACCAGCCAUUUGGAUCUGAGCGGCACAGGGAGAACGACCCUCCAGACUACUGGCUACAGCAGCACCACCCUCUGUUCCGAGCCCACUCUGGAGCUGGAGCUGGAACCAGACCUAGAAUCUCAGCCCAGUCCGCGGUACCGCCAUUGCAGGACAGCCAGCGAGCUGCUCACUGACAGACGCUUCUUUGUGGAAGAGCUGGUCCAGAGUCAGCAGUUCUAUUCUUCUCAGAACCGAGCCCUGAAGUUUCUCUUUGCCCUCUACAACCUGUUGGCGGCCAACUCCGAACUGGUGUGCUAUUUCAUCAUCGUCCUGAACAACCUGGUGACGGCGUCCGUCAUCUCCCUGGUCCUGCCCAUCCUCAUCUUCCUUUGGGCCAUGCUGGCUGUGCCACGGCCCACCAAAAAGUUCUGGAUGACCGCUAUCGUCUUCACAGAGGUCAUGGUGGUGGUGAAAUACAUGUUCCAGUUUGGCUUCUUCCCCUGGAACAGCGCUUUCACAACCAAGCUGAACGAGGACAAGCCUUUCUUCCCGUCCCGCAUAUUGGGCGUGGAGAAGACUGACAACUACAUCCGUUACGACCUACUGCAGCUGCUAGUGCUAUUCUUUCAUCGCUCCCUCCUCCAGCGCUACGGCUUGUGGGACCGCGAGGGUGCCCUAGAGGAGGAGAAGAGUCAGCAGCCCCAGGAAGGAGGUGGUGAGGAAGCAAGGCCUCUGGUCAGCCCUGAGCAGGACACAGCAAGCCCAGAAGGGGUUAAUCCGCAUGAGGACAAGACGGCCAAACCUGAGCAGGGCCAGGAGGAGGGCGUGCUGUCCGGCGCUGCCGAGGCCCUGCCAGAGGAGCCGGAAGCCAGGAGCAAGAGCAGCAGGCUGCACUUCCGAAGACGGAAGAAGCAGAGCAAAGAUGCCAAAGACGUCAAAGAGCCCAAGAGGAAGCCAGCGGGCAAACGCAAGGAGGCGGCAAGCAGAAAGUUAAAAGCGGUCGGAGAGGGAUUUAAACGUCUUUUCAUUUCACUAGUGCGCAACACCUAUACGCCGGUCCAUGGCUUCUUCCAUGACAUCCUCCAUGCCGAGUACCGCGCUGCAACCGACGUCUACGCCUUGAUGUUCCUCACUGACGUGGUGGACUUCAUCAUCAUCGUAUUUGGAUUCUGGGCCUUUGGAAAACACUCUGCAGCAGCAGAUAUUGCCUCCUCGUUGUCAGAGGACCAGGUGCCCGAAGCAUUCCUGGUCAUGCUGCUGAUACAGUUCAGCACCAUGAUCAUCGACCGUGCACUCUACCUGCGCAAGACAGUCCUGGGCAAACUCAUCUUCCAGAUCAUCCUGGUCUUUGGCAUUCACAUCUGGAUGUUCUUCAUUUUGCCUGCUGUUACCGAAAGGAUGUUCAGUCAGAACUCCGUGGCCCAGCUGUGGUACUUCGUCAAGUGCAUAUACUUCGCCCUCUCUGCCUAUCAGAUCCGCUGUGGCUAUCCCACUAGGAUUCUGGGAAACUUCCUCACCAAGAAGUACAACCACCUCAAUCUGUUCCUCUUCCAGGGGUUCCGCUUGGUGCCAUUUUUGGUGGAGCUACGAGCUGUCAUGGACUGGGUGUGGACAGACACCACCCUAUCUCUCUCCAACUGGAUGUGCGUGGAAGACAUCUAUGCCAACACCUUCAUCAUUAAGUGCAGCCGUGAGACGGAGAAGAAAUACCCUCAACGAAAGGGUCAGAAGAAGAAGAAGAUUGUGAAGUAUGGGAUGGGGGGACUCAUCAUCGUCUUCCUCAUUUGCAUCAUCUGGUUUCCACUGCUUUUCAUCUCAUUGGUCAGAUCUGUUGUGGGUGUGGUCAAUCAUCCAGUGGACGUUACAGUUACUGUCAAGCUUGGAGGUUAUGAACCCCUGUUUACCAUGAGUGUACAGCAGCAGUCUAUCCAGCCCUACACUGAGGACGACUACAACAAGCUUUCAGACAAGUUCAGCAAAAAUGCUGUGGCAAUGCAGUUCAUCUCUCUGUACAGCUACGAGGACGUCGUCACCGCCAAUAUUGAGGGCAGCUCAGGAUCAGUCUGGCGGAUCAGCCCCCCCAGCAGGCAAGAAGUCAUCAAGGAGUUGCUGGGCAGUCCCAUGGACAUGACUCUACGUUUGACUUGGGACUUCCAGAGGGACUUGGGAAAGGGUGGCACAGUGGAGCACACGUCAGACACGCACUCCAUCGACCUGGCGCCCGAUGACCCCGUCCGAGCCGAGCUGGCUUCGCUGCUGGUGGGAAAUCGGUCGGACCCAGUACUUGUUCCUCAUAUGUUCCCCAACUACAUCCGGGCGCCUAAUGGAGCAGAGGCGAAACCUGUUAGCCAGCUAUACGAGGGUGAUGAGGAGGGGUAUGAAAGCGUGACUCUCACCUUGCUAAACGGCAGCGGCACGCUUGAGUGGUGGGACAUUAGCAUCGCCGGCUGCAGCAAGUUUCAGGGGGGCUGUCAGGUCCUUCCCAUGGUCAUCUUCAAUGACAAAGUCAGCCCGCCAAGCCUGGGCUUCUUGGCAGGAUACGGGAUCAUGGGGCUGUAUGUGUCGGUGGUGCUGGUGAUCGGCAAGUUCGUGCGCGGCUUCUUCAGCGAGAUCUCGCACUCCAUAAUGUUCGAGGAGCUGCCGUGCGUGGACCGCAUCCUCAAGCUGUGCAACGACAUCUUCCUGGUGCGUGAGACCGGUGACCUGGAGCUGGAAGAGGAGCUCUACGCCAAGCUCAUCUUCCUCUACCGUUCACCAGAGACGAUGAUCAAGUGGACCCGGGAGAAAGACUAGCCCCUCCUCCACAGCAAUCCCUAAUCCCUGAUUCUACUCCCUCCCGCCAAACCCACUCAUCUUCUGAUGGGUGUCUAUAUCUAGACUUCUGUUUACCUGUGUCCCUGCCAACCUUCCCUAGUGAUCUUCAUGGAACUCAUGGGCAGGAAAUAUGGACACAGCCCGGGAACGGAAGGCUAUACAGGCACAGGGCUGAAGUUGCACUGCGGGGGAGGAAGGAGGACAAAUCGCAAGGCUGCCCUUGACUGCAUUGCAUCCCUCCCCCCUGCUCCAGGUUGAGCUCAUCUUUUUCCCUCCUUUUCUAAAGUCUUGCACCUUUCAGCCAGGUUAAGCGGUCACCCAAAAUGGUCGGGAAUGUGAAACCCAGUUCCCGGCCGCUGGCGUCACGCAGACGUGAAACUGACGGUAUUUCUUCGUAAACCAAAUGGUGGCCAAACAGUUGAGGUUUUUAUGUCGGGAAGAGAAAACUGGACCUUUGUGGUUUUUCGGUCACUACAGUAAGAUUUUCUGAAUCUCCACUUGUAAGAACGAACAGUUAAGACUAUGAAUCCUCUUUCUAUAGGAUGUAUCUCGUUAAAAGGCUUAUUGUGGCUCAUAAGGAAAAAACACUUGAAUUAAUCAAUCUAUUUCAAUUAUGAUUUUUUUUUUCCACAAGGAAAGGUUUACUGUCUUAUGUAAGAUGUUGUUUAAAGACUGUAUGGUGAUAAUUAGUGCAGUUAGGUUCUGAAAAGUCCUCUUGAAUGCUGAAAUUGCCAAACACCAUACCGAAAAGGUUGACCUCUGGGAAAUUACAUGCUGGAAAAGUUUCAUAAUGCUUUAGGCGGAAAAACACUUUAAAGCAAAUGCCAGUCAUUGCUCUUCCGUUGCCAAAUAUAGUAACACAAAGCUUGUUUGUUGUCAAAACUGCUUCCUGAGCAAUACCCAGUAUAAAGAGAGGGGGUGAGCAUGCUGUUCGUAAUGUAACCCGCUAUGGAGAACUCCUGUCCUUUAGGAUGGUGGUCGAUGUACCUGUUCAAGGGAUAUGCAUAUCUCAGUGAUCACUUCUGGCGAAUCAGUAACAGCAGUGCUAUAAAUGGAAAAUAAAUGGACAUUUCAGACUUAAGACCGAAAAAA